UGUCUGUGUAAUCAGAGAGAGAGAGGCCAAGAGACUUGCAUCUGGCUGGACUGUCAUAUCACGUACUGAUCCACCAUCUCUGGUGUCUGUUCCUGCCACCGCCUGCACUCACUGUGAAGGAUCUGGGAUGACGCCAUGACAGAUAUUAACCUCCUCAGCUCCACACAGGGAUAACCACACUAGAACCUCACUACACCUCAGAGGCACAUCCACCACCAUCCUCCCUCACAUCCCCCCAGCUGGCACCAUGAUGGGAGACGGAGUCGGGAGCUGGGAGUGUCUGAGUCCGUCUGAGUUCGGUCAGCUGCAGCAGUAUAGCGAGUAUUCCACCAAGAAGCUGAAGGAUGUUCUGGAGGAGUUUCACGGUGAAGGAGUCCUCUCCAAGUACAAUCCUGAGCAGAAGCAAGAUGUUCUCAACCAACCCAUAGACUACCAGGGUUUCCAGCUUUUCAUGGCCACCUACCUGGAGAACGACAUCCCUGAGGAGCUGUGUCAGCACUUAUUCACCUCCUUCAAGAGCAAGACAGGGGGCUGCUCUCCUGAGAUGCCCCGAGCAGGAGUAGGACUCCUGGGAAUGAAUGGAAAGAGCAUCCUGACAGCCAUGGGUCGACCCACGCCGGAGCCUUCCACUAUGAUGGCCUCAUGUUCAGGUGCCAUAUCCACCUCUCCCUGCUCCUCCCGUUGCUCCUCACAGCGCUCUGGGACGGGGGCACACGCGCCUGGGGGGUCCUACCGCUCACCUGCCUGCACCCAGGUCAAACCCUCCACAUGCAGCAGUAGUAACACCCUGACCCCCAACCCAGCCAAGUCCCCAGCCUCCCCUCGCCUCUCCCCAGAGAGAAUCAGAGGGGAGAAGAAGAGGAGCCCGUCCCCAUUACCUUCCCCCCAGGUGGUGUUUCUGAAGGACAUUGUGUGUUACCUGUCCCUACUGGAGAGGGGCACACCAGAGGACAAGCUGGAGUUCAUGUUCCGGCUGUACGACACAGAUGGCAACGGAGUACUGGACAGCUCGGAACUGGACCGCAUCAUCAAUCAGAUGGUCCACGUGGCAGAGUACCUGGAAUGGGACUCUGCAGAGCUGCGACCGAUCCUGAAGGAGAUGAUGGAAGAGAUAGACUAUGACCGGGACGGAACAGUCACUCUGGAGGAGUGGAUCAGAGGAGGCCUCACCACCAUCCCUCUGCUGGUCCUGCUGGGCAUGGAGACGAAUGUUCAGGAAGAUGGUCAGCAUGUGUGGAAACUGAAGCACUUCAACAAGCCAGCCUACUGUAACUACUGCCACACCAUGCUGCUGGGAGUUCGCAAGCAGGGCCUCUGCUGCUCCAUAUGCAAGUACACAGUGCAUGAACGCUGUGUGUCCAAAGACAUUUCUGCCUGCAUCAGCACCUAUGCCAAGUCCCGCAGACACACCAAUGCCAUGCAGCAUGUCUGGAUGGAGGGAAACUCUCCCACUAAGUGUGACCGCUGUCACAGAAGUAUCAAGUGCUACCAGGGCUUAACGGGCCUACACUGUGUGUGGUGUCAGAUCACUCUCCACAAUAAGUGUGCGUCCAACAUGAAGCCGGAGUGUGAUGGAGGAGCCCUUAGAGACCACACUCUACUCCCCUCCUACAUCUGCCCUGUCGUCCUGGACCGUCAUUCUGUUGUGAAGCGGGGUGAAGGGGACUCCCCGCCCAGCAGCAGCCCUGACAACAUGAGUCAGAGCUUGAAAUUCACAGGAGACGGACAAGCACUGCAGAUCACUCCUCUCCCAGGUACACAUCCCCUGCUGGUCCUGGUCAACCCAAAGAGUGGAGGGAGACAGGGGGAGCGGGUAUUGAGAAAGUUCCAGUACCUGCUGAACCCCAGGCAGGUGUACAGUCUCGACCGAGGGGGACCCAUGGUGGGGCUCAACUUCUUCCAUGAUGUCCCUGAUUUCCGGGUGCUGGCGUGUGGAGGGGAUGGGACAGUGGGAUGGAUCUUAGACUGUAUUGACAAGGCCAACUUUGCAAAAGAUCCCCCUGUGGCUAUCCUCCCUCUGGGCACAGGGAACGACCUGGCAAGAUGUCUACGCUGGGGCGGAGGUUAUGAGGGAGGCAGCCUGCUGAAGUUCCUGCGGGACAUAGAACACAGCACAGAUAUGAUGCUGGACCGAUGGAACAUCGACAUUAUCCCUGUAGACAAGGAGGAGAAGGGAGACCCAGUCCCCAACAGCAUCGUCAACAACUAUUUCUCCAUCGGAGUGGACGCCUCCAUCGCUCACCGCUUCCACUUGAUGAGAGAGAAGCACCCAGAGAAAUUCAACAGCAGAAUGAAGAACAAGUUGUGGUACUUUGAGUUUGGCACCACUGAGACCAUCUCUGCCACGUGCAAGAAACUCAAUGAGUGUAUCGAAGUCGAGUGUGACGGUAUCAUCCUGGACCUCAGCAGCACGUCAUUGGAAGGCAUCGCCGUCCUCAACAUACCCAGCAUGCACGGCGGCUCCAACCUGUGGGGAGAGACCAAGAAGAGGCGGAACUACAACCGCAUGAGCAGGAAGGUUCCGGAUAGGAUGCCCACCAGUACCAUUAUCGAUAUAAAGGAGCUCAAGUUCUGUGUUCAGGACCUGAGUGACCAAUUGCUAGAGGUGGUGGGUCUGGAGGGCGCCAUGGAGAUGGGGAAGAUCUACUCAGGCCUGAAGAGUGCAGGUCGCAGACUGGCCCAAUGUGCUAACGUUACCAUCAGGACGUCCAGGCUGCUGCCCAUGCAGAUCGAUGGGGAACCUUGGAUGCAGCCCCCAUGCACGAUCAAUAUCACACAUAAGAACCAGGUUCCCAUGCUACUGGGCCCUCCUCAGAAGACCCCCUUCUUCUUCUUCAAGAGACGCAACAGGAGUCGGGACUGAGUGAGGAGGACACUUCAAACUCUCCCAUCUUCACACAAACACGACCCCUCUGCCCCUCCAACACCAACUGAUGACUGGACUGGUGAACUGUUCCCCAUGUUCCCCAUGGAGGAACUGGACCUUGGGAGAGGAGAGGAGGUGUAGAGGAGAGGAGGUGUAGAGGAGAGGAGGUGUAGAGGAGAGGAGGUGUA